GUGGCGGCCAUGUACCCAAGUAGACCUGGAUCAGACACAUGGCCACCCGAAAUGUCUCGGCGUCAACACCCCAAGGGAGCUGAACAGAAUCCCUUUCCCUGUCCGUUUCCCCACACUGACCUCACUUCAUUCACUGCUACGGUGCCCUUGGUCUCCAGGUUACGUGCAGCCUCGUUCAUCAUCGACGGCUUCAUGCUGUCUUUGUCUGGACUACAUUCAAUGCCACAGAUGAAGACUCAUCAUUAUUCCAUCGAGUGUGAGAACUCAGUUGCCGUGAGCCAGUUUCAAGUGCCUUGAGUAGGCUUGAGGCAUCCAUCGCCGUCACAUUCCGCCGUCAAGUAUGAGUCCACCACCAGCUACACCAGGUCAAGCAUCUUUCGAUAGUAGGGAUUUGGAGACACGCAUAGACGACUGCUUGACCGAUAUCCUUUCAAACGAUCUGAUUAGAUUCGAACGACGCUCUGGACGUAUCGGGUCAGAAGAUAAAUCCUUUUUCUGCCGUUCUGACCUCGAAAGCAUCUGGACCUCAGAGCCAAGGCCACUUGACAUUGUCUUCGGGCACUUGAGCGAACGCCAAAGGGAAACUCUAUUCACCGAUCUCCUCUUGUUCGUCUCUUUCCUGGUCAAGGUUGAAGUGCGACCACGCUUUUUCCUCGCUUGUAGGGAUGUGUUAUUCCAGGAUCCAGAGUCCGCUGUCCCGAAAUUCAAGGACGAUGAUGGGCCAAGGUCACAGGCGGAACUCGUCGACAUGGGCCUUUCGCCGAGGCAGGCAAACAGCUGGAAAGAACAGUAUCGCUUUAGGCCAGCGAAGAUUACAUUCGCCACUGAGAAGUGGGCCCCGCAGAGGAUCGACCCCCGGAUCCCCCUCCCGUUCGAGCUCACUGACGAUGUUCACUCGGGUGUCAUGAUCCACGGCGGAUUUGGUGACGACAGCUACAACAGUCAAUAUGGGACAGUACGACUUUACAGGAUCCCCAGAGAGUAUAUAGAAAACGAGAUACGAGCGUCAGAAACUUGGGAGCCAACAGCACCUUUAUUGAGAAUAGUCAAAUCAUUCUCGGCGCGGCAGCUUGUCGUCGAAGAAGCUAAGAACAUGGAGCUGCUCAAACAGAGUCUCGUGACCAACGUGAAUAUUUCUAUUCACGACGCUAUCAUAGAGCAGAGACAGGAAGACGACACCGGCAUUGUGAGCAUCGUGUCACCGUAUGCCAGUCUCGGUGACCUUGCCCAAUUCCUUGCUGGCGGGUACGACAUGGCUGGAGGGCCUUCUGCACACAAGAUAUAUGAUUUUGCUGAAAAGUUCCCCGCGGCAAUAAAGAAUUCCAGUCAAUUGAGAAUGUCACUCUUGGCGCAGUCCAAGAACCUGGCUUCAGCCUUGGAAUUCCUUCACAGCGGAUUCAAAACCAAUGCAAACGAUUGGAAGAUCAAGUGCGCUCACCUUGAUCUGAAGCCGUCAAAUAUUCUGAUCUUCGAAUCGUCUCAGCGAGAAGAAGUGGUGGGCACUUGGAAGCUUUCCGACUUUGGAAUAUCAGUGUUUGGCGCCGAACACCUGCGAGGCUCCCCGACAGUGCAGCUAGGCUCGGCUGGAGAUUACUUCAUGAAGUUUGCAGAUACGAUCCGGACAUCCCCGAAACGAAUUCCCGGCGUGUACCAGGCACCGGAGAUCGAACAUCCCCAGCCGUCAUCAGAUGAUAGCAACAGCUCUGAGCACGGCGCAAGGACCAGUGAUAUCUGGUCAUUCGGGGCAAUACUUGCAGAGGUUCUGGCAUUUGCUCAUGAUGGUGCUUUGGGGGUGAAGAGAUUUGACAGCAGACGAAGAAGCCGGACUACCAUAAACGGGGCGAUAUGUAAGAACGACUUCUUUUACACCAAUACGCCGGAGCAUAUGAGGCGAUCAUCCACCGGUCUGCCAUGCACAGUCAGAAGAGAGGUCUCGCUGUGGUUGGAAGAAUUCAGCUCCGGACGCGAAACAGAGCCAGCUGAAUCUGGGGUAUGUUUUAAAUGCUGGGCAGAAUGUGUGAAGAACAUAUUGGAGGUGAACCCGCACGCGAGACCAAGUGCCCCAAGACUUUCCCAAUGGAUCACGGAUCUACACAGGCACUCAAGGGAUAAUACAACAGAUCAUAUGCAGUUUGGACAGAUGGGGCCCAGACGCCCUGGGCCGAAACCCCUGGAAGACGAACCAGAAAAUAUCUCAACGCCACCGCAGACUUCGACAUUUCUUGGGCCAAAUCCAGCACUGAAAAGCCAUCUAUUCGAGCUGAAAUUAUCGUCGGGUGAUGUCAUCGACUAUGACUUGGACGGCAGUAAGCUGGUAUAUCUGACGAAAAAGGGCCUCGAUAUCUUCCUUGUCAGCGACCCGGAAACUUGCCUCGAAAGGGAACCGCUGCAGAGCGAUCACAUGUGGCGUGGCAUCAAAGUGGCAGAGCCCUACGUUGUGAUCUGGGGCUCAAGACUUUCACACGGGCGGGAAUCAGUGUUACGUGUGUAUGAUACAUCGAACGGGCCGCUGUCUCAUAACCAGCCCGCGAUCAGAACCAUCUACUUCAACGUGACUAGAAGGGUGGCAGUAUCUAGGCAAGGAUUCAUUGCUGUGAUACAAAACCACGAGAUACUGGUUCUCGACGCCAAGGACUCGGCUGUAAAAGAGCUUUCGAAGAUCACCAUGCUCUGGCAGGAGCCAGUGGGGAAAUUUGUAGAUAUUUCCUUCGACGACUCGGGCUCCGUACUAUACGCCUGGGGCCACCAGAACAUCUACGGGGUUCUCUUCGCUUAUAAAUUCGAGCAAGGGGGCCAUGGGGUCUAUGAGGAGAUCUUCCGUGGAAAAUUCAAGGAUGCAUUCAGCGAACACAAAGCCAUGGUCCUCCCAUUCGAUAGACAGCAUGAGUGCGCAGUCGCAGUUGGACCAACACCAACCCGUUUCUUUCUGGGAAAUAUUGACCAGCCCCGAUGGAGCAGCUCGUCAACGUCAAGAAAAUAUUCCUCGUCGACUGGCUCAGACAGAUUAACCCCUCAGAAGUACUCACACAACCUUCACGGAUAUAACGCUUGGGCCGCAUGCACCAUAAAUGACUCCAUGCUUCUGGUCGGAGCCACAAAAAGCGGGUUCUUAUCCCAUCGCAAAGUCGAAGUUUCCGAGCAGAUCAUCGGGACCGAGGGUAUACUUUGUUUCCCGUCAAAGUCCCCAGUACACCCUACCCUAGAGACCAAGACACCGUGGGCGCCUCGGCACAACCCGGACCUAAACACAGAAGUGAAGGUGGGCGUGAUUCCCUCUAAAGGAGCUGCCGAUGGGCACUCGAUUGUUGUGUACUAUAAGAAGGGUGUCGUGGAGGUUCUGUCGUAGCCCAGAACUGGAGCGGUCAUGGAACACCUUGAAAUAUAAUAUUCCUAGGGAUGGGACCAGAGGAAUGAUAGGAUUCCACCUCGUGCUUGAUAAAUGCGCUAUGAUACCCAGAUUGAUUUUAUUAGUUGCAGACAAUAACGGCG